AUCCAACAUAUCACAAAACAACACCAUGGCUCCAUUCUCCGGCGUUCUCGAAGUCAAGCCGUUCAAGGCCGCCGUUUCGGAUUCAGCUCUCGAAGACUUCAAGCAGCUCUUGCGUCUGUCGAAAGUCGGUCCUGCGACCCUCGAGAACUCAUCACAGGCCGAUUCCGCAUAUGGACUCUCUCGAGACUGGACGGAGAAGGCCAAAGACUACUGGCUGAACAAAUACGACUGGCGAAAGACAGAGGAGCGCAUCAAUUCCUUCGAAAACUACAAAGCUACCAUUACAGGCGAAGAUGGAGAAAACCUCGACAUCCACUUCCUCGCCCUGCGAUCCAGCAAACCCGAUGCCGUCCCUGUGGUCCUCCUCCACGGCUGGCCGGGAAGUGUACUUGAGUUCUUGGGAAUGCUGGACCUCGCUCGCAACAAGUACAAAUCCGAGGAUCUGCCCUACACCUUCAUCGUACCAUCACUGCCUGGAUACGCUUACUCUUCCGGCCCUUCGAUGAAGUCCGAGUCUACCUGCGAGACGAUGGCGUACUUCGUGGACAAGUUGAUGGUCGGUCUGGGUUUCGGCAGCGGCUACAUCGCGCAAGGUGGCGACAUUGGCAGUUUCGUGUCCCGCAUCCUCGGUGCUCAGUACGAGAGCUGUAAAGCGGUGCACGUCAAUUUCAACAUCAUGCAACCUCCCGAAGGCGAGGCCAGCAAAGAUAUCACUGCCAUGGAGAUGAAGGGUCUCGAAAGAGCCGGCCAAUUCAACGAACAGGGCAGUUCCUACGCCAUGGAACAUGGACAGCGACCAGCGACCAUCGGUCUGGUCCUUUCCACAUCGCCACUCGCGCUUCUCAUAUGGAUCGGCGAAAAGUACCUCGAAUGGGUCGACGAUCAUCUGUCGCUGGACCACAUCCUCGACAGCGUUUCGCUGUACUGGUUCACCGACUCCUUCCCACGAGCCAUCUACCCCUACCGUCAGUUCUUCGGCCCGAAGCCAAAGGCCAUCACGAAGGCUUACUACAUCGGGAAGCCCAUGGGAUAUUCUUGGUUCCCGAGGGAGAUUGCACCUAUGCCUCUGGGCUGGGUCAGGACGACUGGAAAUCUGGUGUGGCACAAGUCGCACGAAAAGGGCGGCCAUUUCGCGGCGCUGGAGCGGCCGCAGGAUUUGUUGGAUGAUGUGGAGGAGUUUGUCAAGGCUGUGUGGAAGUAA